AUGGUCGACUUCAAGCCAAAGCUCGCACCCGUCACUCCUCCUCCCCUCGAGAAACCCAUCCCCCUAACCAUUCUCCUCGUCAAGUCCCUCCUCGCCCACCGCCAAAAAGUCUUCCUCAUCGCAACCGUCCAACUCAUCAUAUGCACCCUCUUCCCCGGCCGCUAUGCCAUCGUCCCCAUCGCCACUCUCCUGCUCUGCAUCCUCACCACCGAAGCCAUCGACUACUUCCUCCCGCGCCCAUCGCCACCACCAGCAUACAUGACAACCGUAGUCCCCGGCCGGACAUCAUCCCUCCUCCCCCGCGCAAACGGCACGUUCGGCUCCUCGCCCUCCUCGCAGCCCCUCGUCGUGUUCAACCUCGGCGUGCAGUUCAACCACCCCCAGGGCCGUAUGUGUCCCCACGGAAAGGACAUUGCCGAAAAGUUCAUCGAGAUGAAUCAAAGUCUGCGAGAGCGUCGGGAGGAGCUCGGCCUCAUCAGCAUGACCGACUGGGUUGGUGGGAAGCCCAGCACCGCCGACACCCUCCUGAUGAGCUACUAUUUCAAAGACGUGGAGAGCAUUCACAAGUUUGCGCAUGAGGAGAUGCAUCGCAAGGCGUGGGAUUGGUAUAAUGCCGUGAAGCCGGAUCACAUUGGUAUCUUUCACGAGACGUUUGUGGUGCCGGCGCAUAGCUAUGAGACUAUUUAUGCGAAUUGCAAGCCGUUGCUGUUGGGCGCGGGCUUGGUCAAGUGUGAUGAUAUGGAGGGCGACAAGAAGUGGAGGAAUACGCUGGUGAGUGCGGAUAGUGUUGCGCUGAAGAGUCAGUGGCAGAGGAUGAACCGAGAUGUUGAUGGAGUGCCGAAGCAAUGA